CACUGGGGCCGGCUGGACAGUGGCAGCGCCGCAGCCAGUUUCUUCUGUGCGUCUGGAAGGGUUUUUUGUUUCAUAUCCAAGCUCCCAAAACGAUUCAUUUUUAAAGAGAAAAAUAAAACAAGAAAAAAAAAUAAUCAUUCCUUCCUCCCUCCUUCCUUCUGUCCGAAACUGAAAGCCGCCCCGGGUUUUGGGCAGGUCAGUAUCACACAGGAGGCGGCGGCGACGACGACGGCUCCAAGAUGUCGCAUUUCGUCGAUAAUUUCUGGGGGGAAAAGAACAAUGGCUUUGAUGUCCUUUAUCAUAAUAUGAAACAUGGUCAAACAUCGACAAAAGACUUGGCAGACUUCAUAAGAGAAAGUGUAACAAUAGAAGAUAUUUAUUCAAGGUCUAUGACCAAAUUAGCCAAAACAACAAGCAACUACAGUCAGCUUGGGACAUUUGCACCAGUAUGGGAUGUUUUAAAAUUGUCAACUGAGAAACUAGCCAGUAGCCAUUUAGAUCUAGUACGAAAACUGCAAGAAUUAAUUAAAGAAGUACAAAAGUAUGGCGAUGAGCAGACCAAGGCACAUAAAAAGACAAAAGAAGAAGUGGCAGGGACCCUGGAUGCUGUACAGAACAUUCAGAGCAUCACUCAAUCACUGCAGAAAUCUAAAGAAAACUACAGUGUCAAGUGUGUAGAAUAUGAAAGGUUAAAAAAAGAAGGGGCAACACAAAAAGAAAUAGAAAAGGCAGUUGUAAAAUCUAAAAAAGCUACAGAAACCUAUAAACUAUAUGUGGAAAAAUAUGCUGCUGCCAGAACAGAUUUUGAACAGAGAAUGACAGAAACUGCUCGGAAAUUUCAGGAAAUUGAAGAAGCUCAUCUUAGGCACAUGAAAGAAAUAUUGAGUUCUUUUGCACAAUCAAUAGAAGAAACUCACAUACAGAUUGGCCAGGUGCAUGAAGAGUUAGUACAGAACAUGGAGAGCACUACAGUUGAAAGCUUAAUACAGAAGUUUGCUGAAACAAAAGGCACUGGCAAAGACAGACCUGGAUCUGUCGAAUUUGAAGAAUGUAAUGUAGCCAAUGCUCUAGAAGGGGUGAAAAAGUCAAGGAGGAAAGCUUUUGGAAUUCCAGCACGGAUAAGAAAAGAGAAAGAUACAGAUUCAAUGGAAUCUCCAGAUGCUGAUUCAGUUAACAUCCCAGAGGUGGAUGAAGAAGGAUACUGUAUCAAGCCAGAAGUGAAUCAAAUUAAUGCCAAAGAGAACAAUUUUUACUCAUCAAGUGAUUCAGGCUCUGAUGAUGAAGAACCCAGGAAGUUCCAUGUGCAAAUCAAACCUGUGCAACCAAACAAUGGUACUAGCCACACAUUGGAAGAACUGAAAGCAUCCAUUGGGAAUAUUACACUUUCUCCCUCCCCAUCUAGGCAUAGUCCGAAUGCAAUGAAAAGAAAUUCAUCUAGUGAAGAGCUGGUUCGAUCAAGAUCCUGUGUUCCAUCACCCGAUGCCAAAAGGGUCAAUAAUGACCUGUUUUCACUGGAUCCAUUGUUUGGACCUCCACUUGAUUCCUCGUCUUCAUCCACAUCAACAACUUCAUCAGCUUUUCCUUUCCUUCCAGUCAGUAAUACUUCUGAGGUACACACGGUGCUUGCUUCAGCUGAAAUAACUUGGCAUGAAGGGAGCUCAACUUUCUCAAGUCCUAUUUCACCAUGGGGUGUAGAAUAUGAGUCCACAGUGAAGCACCAGCCAAUCUGUGAGUCUAAGAAUUCUAGUCCUGGCUCAGGUUUUAGUGUAGCAGCAAUUUUAGAGGCCUUAAAUGGUCCUUCUCAUAUUCCUACUUCACGGACCCAGUGGAUUUCGUUUAAUGAUGAACUAAAUCCAAGAAAACCUUUAAACUCAGAGCUGAAGGGACCACCACAAACUAAAACUUCACCAAACUCCAAUCCUCCUGUGGCCUCUUUUCAAGUGUCGUCUUCCAGCAGCACUUUUGAUGACCAAAGUGACCUUCAGAGUGAUUUUACGGGCAACAAGAAAUUACCUAUUGAAGAGAAUGACACUGGAUCAGAAUGCUUUUCCUUUCCUGCAGCUCAACCAGUGGAUGUUAGUUUAACACCUAUGGUUACUCGUUUAAAUAAUGUAACACCCCCAGCAAGACCUACCACCCCUCUUAAUACAAGUAUGAUUGUGCCACCACCACGUCCAGCUUCCAGACCAAAGCUUUCGGCGGGAAAACUAGGUGGAAUUAAUGAAAUAUCCAGAUCAUUCAGUCCUACAUCAAUGUCAUCUACCAGUCCACCUCCUGUAGCUCCACUGGCACGUGCUGAAAGUACAUCCUCAAUUGGGUCAUCAGCUUCUUUAAGUACAGCAACAACGCCAACCAUUGGCACUUCUCGUGGACCCAGUCCGAUAAGCCUUGGGACACAAGACUCCUUACCAGUUGCAACUGCUUUCACAGAGUCAGUUAAUGCUUAUUUCAAAGGAGCAGACCCAUCAAAAUGCAUAGUCAAAAUCACUGGUGAUAUGACCAUGUCCUUUCCAAGUGGAAUAAUUAAAAUCUUUACCAGCAAUCCAUCACCAGCAGUGCUUAGCUUCCGAAUACGGAACACCAGCAAAUUUGAGCAAAUCCUCCCAAAUGCACAGCUUGUGUAUAGUGAUCCAUCACAGAAUGACUCAAACACAAAAGACUUUUGGAUGAACAUGCAAACUCUCACUGCCUACCUCAAGAAACUGGCUGAACAGAAUCCAUCUUCUUCCUAUUAUAAUGUGGAUAUCCUGAAAUAUCAGGUAUCCUCCAAUGGUAUUCAGUCAACGCCACUAAACUUAGCUACCUACUGGAAGUGCAGUCUUACCACUACAGAUAUUCGAGUGGACUACAAAUACAACCCAGAAGCUAUGGUUUCUCCCUCUGUACUAUCAAAUGUCCAAAUUUUAAUGCCAGUAGAUGGUGGAGUUACCUACAUGCAGUCACUGCCUACUGCUAUCUGGAAUGCAGAACAGAAGAAGGCCUUAUGGAAGCUGUCUGAAAUUUCAGAGAAAUCUGAAAAUGGAGGUUCUGGAUCCCUCAGAGCAAAAUUUGACCUGUCAGAAGGUCCAACCAAACCAUCAACUCUUGCAGUCCACUUUCUUAGUGAAGGAUCCACACUGUCAGGAGCAGAUGUGGAGCUUGUAGGCACUGGUUAUAGACUUUCCUUAAUAAAGAAGAGAUUUGCUGCAGGCCGGUACAUGGCAGACUGCUGACAGUUCCAUCGGUAAAUUUUGUCUUUGUGAAGGACAAGUUCACUAUCAGGCGUUUAUUUUGAUGGUACAUUUAUACUUGCCUUCCAGUUCCAAACAGUACGGCAUUCAGAAGUAAAAGAUGGACAAUAAGAGUAUUUUCAAGGAAAUGAAAAUUUUAAAAUCUAAAUUCUGCCUUUGCCUUUUUUUGGUAAUUGAGUUGUGAGGAAAAUCCAUACUACGCAAUGUAAACAUGCACUUUCUUUUAGAAAAAAGUCAUUUUGGGGGAGAUUAAGUUGUAUUUUUAUUACGUUAAAUUAGCACUGAUGUGAUUUUCAACACUGUUUAAUUUUUUUUGAAACCUGCAAUAUUCAGGAAAUAUAAAGUAAAUAUCUUUGAAUACAUGAUUUUAUUUAGACUUUAAUGAAGUCCAACAAGUGAUCAGUCGUUAUGCUGAAAUAUGUAAAAAUGUAUAAUGUAUAUCAAACACAUAUAAAUAUAUACGAUAGAAGAACCAGCAUUAACCCAUUUGCCUUCACUGUGCUUCUGUACUAUUCUGUAAACAGAUAUAGUUUUACAAAUUACAAAGUUUUGCUGAUUGUAAGAUUAGGUCUUGCAACAAAAAUGCUAAAAAUCAAUGACAAAUCUACAAGUUGCAGAAAUUUGUAUCAGUUAAUAUGAACUGUUUUACAGCCUUUCUGAUUCUAUGUUGUAUUCUUGUGUCAUAAAAGCAGGUAUUUUUCUGAAGGGUGGUACCAUAGACAUCAUUAAAAAAAAAUUCAAACUGAAAUGUUAGGUUUCGGUUAUGGUGUAAAUGGAGGAUAUUUCACUAAUGAUGGUGAAUUAUAGCAGUUGUUAUAUAAGUGGUGAGUACCCCUUAACAAACAAGCAUUAUUGGGAUUUGUGGAAUGAAAAACCACCUGGACGUAAUGUUCUAUGGGCACACAGCUCUUGGUAGUCUUCAAAUUAAUUCUGGAACAUUGCUGCAGACUGUUAAGUUAUUUGUGAAUAUGGAUUGUUACUGUACAUCAAAUUGUCAACUCGUGGGCUAUUAAGUUUUAAGUUGUUAUACGUAUGUGGAUAGAAUAAAGCCAAGAUAUUAUAUCAAUGACAGGUGCAAAAAAUCUUUCAUAAAUAUGAAAAGGCUCACAAUGUCACAAGCAGUACAGGAAAGUAGUGAGUUAGGAACAAUCUGCUCUAUUCAUUAUAAGGUGAAGAAUACUAGGUUGCUUUUAUUUACAGUGCAAUUAAUGGUCACCUGUACAAUGGAAUUAUCACUAAUCCCUGUAAAAUUAGCUACCAUUUAUUUGGGACCCAGUGCCAUUUCCUUUGUCCACUCAGUGCAUUCUCUUACUGUGGGCUUCGUGUUGGUAUAUGUGCACUAAAACAACUGUCCAUAGUUGAGGAUGUAUUGAUAUUUUGUGAAAGCUGAGAAUGUCGGUGCUGAUGUACAGUUUCACAUAGUAGAUAUUUUUUUUGACCGAAUGGUAGCAGCCUUUUUUUGUAGCUUGUGGGUGGUAUUCCAGUUUUUUUUUUAACUAGGGGUGCCUGGAUUUAUCUCUCUUUUUUAACUGUACUUGUGUUACUUCAGAAAUUAAAUAAAUGUCUUCUGGUAUUUCACCAGGUCAUCUGGUUGAGCAAAACUGGAAAUGUUUUUGUAUCUGGCAGAGUUUCAGGUCAGUUUAUUAUUUCACCUACAGAUUAAAAAUCUUUUAACUACCCUAUUGCAAAAAGUGCAGAAGUUACAGUUCACGUGUCAACAUUGGUUCAGAUUUAUUUUAUCGGAGUUAAUUUUUUUAAAAAUAUGUGCCUUUAUCUUUAUUAUUGUGCCUCUAGUUUUUUUCAAUGAAAAUCCAUUAAGCUAAACAAUUUUUAUGUAUGAACAUUGCAAACAUCUGUAUAUAAAUAUACUAAUAAUCCUUAAAUUCUUUUGUAUUUGGAUUUAGAAGGGAAAAUGAAUGUGAUAUAACUGGAGUCUGUGGUAAAUAGUGUUUCAAAAAUGUUAUUCCUUUUGAUGGGCUAUUUGCAAUAAACUGUGGCCAAUGUAAUGGGAAACAUAAGACGCUUAUGUUUUUAGCUUGAUAUAUAAUACAUCCACUGUUGUACAUGUGAUUUGCUUUAAUGCUCAUGUUAUAUGCAAUGUUAUGGUAAUCUUAGGAUACAGUGAACAUGGUCAACUUUUAAACAAAGUGUGAAAACAACAAAAUGUGUAAAAAGUUUAAUUUUGUUCAAGAUUUUCUAUGCAAGGAAAAUUGCCUUAUCGACUUUUAUUUGGUCUAGACUAUAAACUUUAUAUCUGAAAA